AUUACUUUUCAGCGCUAGAUUCAAAGCAGAGCGAGAAGGCAGCUUGACCAAGAAAAGGAAAAGUAGAGAAGGAACGGAGUAGAAGAAUUCAGUACUAUAUAAAGCUCUUUUAAUUUUCCAUUCAGACUUCAACAGACAGCUUUCUGAGAGACAAUCUUUAGUGUUAAUUGUUGCAGAAUUUUGUGAAAGUCAAACAUGACGAUUGGCAGAGUCCUUGUUGCCUCUAUUGUGGUGCUCCCGGCCUUCCUGGCCAUCAGUGAAGGGAUGAGUCUGAGAAGCCUGGGAGUGGAGCUGCACUGCCGCUGCAUCCAGACAGAGUCCAAACCCAUCCUCCGCCACAUCGAGAAGGUGGAACGGACUCCUGCCAACUCCCACUGCGACAAGACUGAGAUCAUUGCCACUCUGAAAAAUACAUGCCAACAGGUUUGCCUGGACCCUAAAGCUCCCUGGGUGAAGCUUUUGAUUAAAAGGAUCCUGUCCAACAAAAGACGCUUAACAGACCAGGAGAGAUGUGCUUCAUGAGUCUGAGCCGUUUAAAGACAAAUGAAAAGUACCAGAAAGUAUUUGUUGUCAUCGCACUCAUCUCACUUUAAUACCAGAAGAUUGCCUAAUGUCCUGAUUUUCAAAAUGUUGAAAAUGACAAUUUACCCAUUAAGGUUAUGUUCGUAUCAGACAUGUUAUUUAUUUACAAAUAUGUGCUUGCUUGUAAUUUAGCUUGUGUAUGUGCUCUAGAAUGUCACUUGGCUGCCCUUGUAGUUUGUAAAACUCCAUGAUGUUAUAUUGUCUAAAACUUAUGGGUUCAACAUAUUUUAAGAUGUUUUUAUGGAACGUGAAUGUAUCUGGAUUCAGUUGUGCAGCUGUGCUGAUAACCUAUUUAUUAAUUAAAAAAGUUUACUUGAAAUU